GAUAAUUUAGCUGUCUUUCGGCGCCAAAUUCUUUAAAGAAGACCUACCACCAAGGUCGCGCAAAAACUUUAGAAUCGGAGUCUUUUAACUUGUCAGAUGAAAGCAGCGGGUUGUUUAUUUUGUGCCUGUCUUAUCUUCCUGGUGUUGUUACACACCGUGAGGAGUAAGACCUGUUUCCGAGAAGAUGAAUGUCGAGAAGACGAGUGCUGCAUGACAAAAAGUUUGAUGAUCGGGGGCUGCAGGGAAAAAAUAUCUCAAGGACAUCCUUGCAUACCAAAUACUGGAAAAUCACAUCUGGGAGAUAUGUAUUUGAUGUCAUGUCCAUGCAUUGAGGGAUACGAGUGUAUACCUGAAAAAGUUAUCGAAAAUGAUGUGGACAUGUCUGUUGAAUACUAUAAUUCAACGUGCCAAAAAUCUGACACAGCAGAAAGUUUAAAUGUCAAAUUGCUUCAACUACAGAAUAGAGUUCCAAAAUUUUUGAGGAGAAUUCAGGAAACUGUAUAAAAAAUUUUAAGCUAUAUGUUGCAUUGUUCUACUCGUAUGUCAUUUUAUGAAUUGUACAUAUACCAUUUUAAGCUAGUUUUUUACUUUUAAGAAAUAAAACAAAAUCUUUAAAUUGU